AUGGUACUCUACCAGCUUACUUGCAAGUUGGUAAAACGUAUGCCAAUAGUUGUGAUAAAGAAGUAUGCAAAAGCAACUUCUAAUAUUCAACAACUUGACGCUAAUACCUUAGAUCCAGAGGCUAAUACGUUAAAUUCAGAA